AUGUCGGCUCAGUCUUGCUUGACUUGCUUGGUGCCCGUUGAACUGCCCACCGGUGCGUUCGUCUAUUCUUCUCUCUUCGCCUGGCUGUCCAAGGCCAAGAUUUUGAGCCACGCUUAUUUGAUUGAGGAGCUGCCUCAUCAGAGCGUUUUGGUUGUCCAUUCUCUGAGCUGGCUGGUCAACUCUCAGGUUGAGAUCUGCUUGACUUUGUGGAUCGGGAGGAGAGAAGCGUAUGGAGCCCAAUUGCACACGGGCUAG